AUAGUUCUAUGCAGGGGCGGACUGACCAUUCAAGCACUGCCCAAGGGCCCAGGGUCAGUAGGGGGCCCACAUGAAAUGUCCCUGGUACCUUUUAUAGGCUUUUUUUUAGUGUGGGCAAGGACAUAGGGGCCCCAUGAUCCCCUAUUGCCUGGGGGCCCCAUGAGUUGUCAGUCUGCCCCUGGUUCUAUAGUCACAUGUAUUGAUGUAUAUUGUAUUGCUUUGUUAUUUUAACAGAUGCAAGGCAGCAAAUAAAAAAUAGAGAGAGA